AUGACUUUAAAUAAGACUGAUAUUUACUUUGAAAAUAUGUUUCUCUGCUAUCCACUCCUUCCAAACUCUUGUCUGAAACUGCAACGUCUUACUGUUGUUAAAGUGGUGAUGUAUGUUUUCAUGGUGCUGAUGAUCCUCACAACAGUUUUUGGGAACCUGCUGAUCAUCAUCUCCAUCUCUCACUUCAAACAGCUUCAGUCUCCAACUCAUCUGAUCGUUCGCUCUCUGGCUGCCAGCGACUGUCUCCUGGGUUCUUUGGUCAUGCCGUACAGCAUGGUGCGAUCUGUUGAAGGCUGCUGGUAUCUGGGAGAUUUUGUGUGUGAAGUGCAUUCUAGUUUAGACAUGAGCUUCUGCAUCUCCUCAAUACUGCAUCUCAGUUUAGUAUCUGUCGACAGGUACAUGGCCAUUUGUGACCCUCUUAGAUACAGAAUGAGGGUCACAAACAAAACUGUAACUGUAUUUAUUACCUUCAUAUGGCUGUUUUCAAUUCUUUACAGUUUUUUAAUUGUGUUUUCAGGUGUAAACAAAAUCAGCUUGGAGUCAUUCAUCAUGCAGGUUUACUGUGUGGGAAGUUGUGUUUUGUUUUUUAACAAACAGUGGGGUAUUGUAUGUCCAAUUCUCACAUUUUUCCUUCCCGGGACGAUCAUGAGCUCUCUGUAUAUGAAAAUAUUCUAUGUUGCACAAAAACAUGCAAAGAUUAUGUCAGAAAGAGUGACUGUGAUGGCAGCAGGAGGGUUGAAAAGCCAAAGCUCUGUUCACAGAGAGAGAAAAGCUGCUAAAACUCUGGCCAUUGUCAUGGGUGUUUUUUUGUUAUGUUGGCUGCCUAUUUUUAUUGCUACUAUCAUCGACUCUUUUCUUAAUUUUGUGACUCCAGCCAGUAUCUUUGAUGCUUUGGUUUGGUUUGGAUAUUUAAACUCCACUUGUAACCCAUUGAUCUAUGGUUUUUUCUACUCUCGCUUUCAGAAGGCCCUCAAAAUACUCAUUUCAUCCUGUAUUUAUGGCUUCAGUGACUCAAGCACCCUCACUUUUGAAUGA